GACACAGAGAAGCUCUAAAAGUAUACCUACAACCAUCAUUCUCACAUUUCUUCUUGAUCCACAAUUCCAGAUUCCAGUGUGUUUGUUUAGUAGUAUCGAUCAAACCUUACUCGCUAAACAGGUUUGAAUAGCAGCGACCAUGUCUUUCACUCCGGAACAAACAAGAAAAACAUGGCUGGGGGUCACCCCAUCUCCUGCUCCCUUCCUAACGCCUCGAUCUGAAAGGCGUCGAACUGAUCCCAGAGUGUUGGAUGGCAGCUCUAAUCGCCAGGACAGAGAUCGGGAGGUUAACGUGCAAGUUCUCGUAAGAUGCAGGCCAUUAAGUGAUGAAGAACAAAGACUAAACAUUCCAAAGGCGAUAUCAUGCAAUGAGCAGAGAAGAGAAGUCACUGUUUUGCAAAGUAUAGCUAACAAGCAAAUAGAUAGAGCUUUUACUUUUGAUAAGGUCUUCGGCCCCAAGGCACAGCAGAGAUCAAUAUAUGACCAUGCAAUUUCACCUAUUGUUAAUGAAGUUCUUGAGGGUUUCAACUGUACUGUCUUUGCUUACGGGCAGACAGGCACAGGUAAAACCUACACAAUGGAGGGAGGGAUGAAAACAAAGGGUGGUGGAGAAUUGUCUGCUGAUGCUGGUGUAAUUCCAAGAGCAGUUCGCCAAAUAUUUGAUACAUUGGAAGCACAAAAGGCUGACUAUAGCAUGAAAGUGACUUUUUUGGAGCUGUACAAUGAAGAAAUAACUGACUUAUUGGCUCUUGAAGAUAAUACUAGAUUUGUCGAAGAUAAACAAAAGAAACCAAUUUCCUUAAUGGAGGAUGGAAAAGGUGUUGUUUUUGUAAGAGGUCUUGAAGAAGAGGUCGUGUACAGUGCUAAUGAAAUUUAUAACCUCCUGGAACGGGGAUCAGCAAAAAGACGCACUGCAGAUACCUUGUUAAACAAGCACAGCAGCCGUUCUCAUUCAGUCUUUUCCAUUACCAUCCAUGUGAAGGAAACAACAAUAGGAGAUGAGGAGCUUGUAAAAUGUGGCAAGCUUAAUCUUGUCGACUUGGCAGGCUCAGAGAACAUUUGUCGAUCUGGCGCACGCGAGGGUCGAGCAAGGGAAGCAGGGGAGAUCAACAAGAGCUUACUUACCCUUGGCCGUGUGAUAAAUGCACUUGUGGAACAUUCUGGUCAUAUACCUUACAGGGAUAGUAAGCUGACACGGUUGUUAAGAGACUCAUUGGGUGGAAAAACAAAAACUUGUAUCAUAGCUACUGUUUCUCCAUCUGCACAUUGUUUGGAAGAAACUUUAAGCACACUUGAUUAUGCCUAUCGUGCUAAAAACAUCAGAAACAAACCAGAGGCGAACCAAAAAAUGUCCAGGACUGUUCUUCUCAAAGACUUGUAUCUAGAAAUUGAGAGAAUGAAAGAAGAUUUACGAGCAGCAAGGGAAAAAAAUGGUGUAUAUGUUCCCCAAGAAAGGUUUGCCCAAGAUGAGGCAGAGAAGAAGGCAAUGAAUGAGAAGAUAGAACAAUUAGAGAUUGAUCUUGAACAGAGGGGGAAGGAAGUUGAUACAUAUCGAGAGCUCUACCUUACUGAGCAAGAACAGAAACUGGAUGUGGAAAGUGUUCUCAAGGAAUGCAAGACAAAUCUGGAGAGCAGUAAGAAGGAUUUUGAGGGCCUUCAAGAGCAACACAGGACAACCAUAUCAACUCUGAAGGAGAAGGAGUUCAUCAUCUCAAAUCUACUACACUCAGAAAACUCUCUAAUUGAACGGGCAAAGGAGUUGCGUGCUAAUUUGCAAUAUGCAUCAGAAGAUAUAACCACAUUGUUUGCAAAAAUAGAUCAGAAGAACCACAUGGAAACGGAAAACCAUGGGCUGAUUCUGACAUUUGGGUCCCAUCUUGAUCAGAGCUUGAAAAAUCUGCACAAAACAAUUCUAGGGUGUACCUCUCAACAACAGCAACAUCUAAGAUGCAUGGAAGAACAUAUAGGCUCAUUUAUUGCAAGUAAAUGUGAUGCAACAAAAGUCUUGGAAUUAAAAGUUGAAAAAAUAAAAGAUACAUAUACUUCUGGGGUUGGGCUCAUGAAGGAGCUUGCAAAUACACUGCAAAAGAAGGCUUCUUCUGACCUGGAGCAAAUAAAAUCAACAGUUUCAGCCCACACAAUGGCUGCUGAAAAGUUCCUGUUAACUGCAGUUUUGGAGGCUGGGGAGGUUAUCUCUGAGAUUCAGAGCUCCCUUGAUGCACAAAAGCAGCUCUUAUCUCUCUCUGCUCAACAACAAGAUGAGGGACUGCAAAGGAGUCUGGUAUCAGCACAGUUGGUCUCAAAGGCAACAUUUGAUUUCUUUAAUGACCUUCAUCAGCAUGUUUCUAAACUCAUGACCAUUCUUGAAGAAACUCAUGUGGAAAAAUCCCAUCAGUUGGCAUCUUUUAAGAAGAGGUUUCAGGAAGAGUCUGCAAGAGAGGAGAAAGUGGCUCUCGAAAAAAUUGCUUUGAUAUUGACAACAUUAACAUCUAAUAAAAGCGCAAUGGUUUCAGAUGCCCUAAGGAACAUGAAUGACGAAAGUACAGAAGAAAAGCAAAAAUUGGAGCAAGAGGUGUCCAACAUGCAGCAAGUCUCAGUGGAUGCUAAGCAGAAGUGGAACGAAUACAUAGAAAAGGUACAAAGCAAUUUCUUGGAAGACACAUUCUCAGCAGCUGGGACUAGAGCUACGAUGGAAAACAUUCUCCAGGAAUGCUCAAAGAGAGUGGAGGAUUCCAGGAAACAGUGGGAGAAUGCUCAGUUAUCCAUAGACCACCUAAACAGGAGCAGUAUCAUAGAGAUAGAAUCUACAGUAAAGGAAGAUAUUCAUUCAAAUCACAUUGCACUCGAAGAGUUUGUAUCUGCAUCCUCCUCUACUGAUGCAAAAUUCAAUGUCAGAACUUGUGAUCUGCUGGCAGCUGUGAAGGACUCACUUUUGCUGGACCAUGAAUCUAAGAAAGGAAUAGAAUCUAUCUCGACCUUAUGCAUGGAUCAACUUAGAUCUGUUCAAGACAAUCAUAGUGAAGGCGUAUCAAACCUCAGAAACAGAGCAGAACAAUGCCUCCGAAAAGAGUACUUGGUUGAUUCUAAUGGAAUGCUUAAGAAGCGAGCAAUAGAAGUCCCCACCUUGGCAUCGAUUGAAGCAUUGAGGACACCAGUCCUUGAAGAUCUAACAGAAAAGAUGAAAUCAAUGAACAGAUCAAAAGGGAGCAGUGUAGAUAGCAAGAUCCAUCCUUGCACAGAAUCACCUAAUAGAACUCCUUUUGCAGCUGUCAACUGAAGGCAGAA